AUGCUUGACGUCACCAUCUCUGAUACCGAUCUUAAAGAAGCUGAUGGGGCUUGGUUAAUCACCCUUUCUCCGGAGUUUUGCCGUAACCCUGUCGGCAUCCCCCAACGGAAAACCGUAGUGGAUGCGGCAUGGGUUCUCGGUGGAAAGGCCAUCAUGGUUCUUCUAUCCGAUGGAUCGUGGGGUAUCUGGGACCCCGAGGGAGCAGGCCCUCGGAGUUGA